AUGGCUACCUCGAUGAAUCCUGUCGAACUCUACCAUGAUCCUUCCUUGGACGGACUCGUCCUGCCCAACAGAAAUAGGAUCUCGAACAAUGGCACAAGCCGUCGACAGAGCAAGCGCUCGGACUCGGAAACCUCAGACUCCUCCGUUCAACCGCUCCCUGCUGCGCCAGAGGUUCCCCGUGGACCACCGAUAUCCUAUCGAGGCCACGGUCAAGAUGAGGGCAAUAUCCAGAGAUCGUUUUCUCAGAGAGCCAAGGGGAAACCUUUUCAUCGGGAAGCUUUCGCCGAUGUGGAGGAGGAUGACACAGAGGAAAACGUGAGAGCAAAGCAGCGAAUGUCAACAGAGGCAAACCAGAGGGACAUUCCCACCAAAGCUCCCAGAAAACCGGUGCCACUGGGUGCGCUGCACGUGGACACUGCAAACCUCAGUGGUGUUACGACCACCAAGCCCCCUGAGCGAGUGAGUCAGUCAGCUCGCGACACCAUGGGCGAUCGAGAUAGAAUGGCUCAGAAGCCUCGGCGCGCUUCCGAAAGUCGUCGAUUAAGUGAAGAACCAGCUUCCGCUAUCAGCAGGUCCAGUGCUUUUCGAGACGAGACCUAUAGACGCGAUUGGGCGCCUGAUCGAUCACCACUUCAGAAGCUGGAGGUCACUCUAAACGACAUAAGCAAGGAAGAGAAGCGGGCAAGAGUGCAAGAGGCCGAAAUGCUUUUGCGGGAACGUGCUGCGAAAGCUGCCCAUGGCCUGGGACGGUCACCUCAAGAAGGGGCAUCUUCAAACAGACGGUCGAUAUCGAAGCGACAACAUCCAACCGAGUCUGGAGGCGGUACCCUGGAGGAUGCCGGGCUUGUCCGAAACUUGAGCAAUACUCAUCGACAACGACUACAACAAAGCACAACAAUAGAUAGCCGUCGGCCUGAUGUGCGAAGCUUGUCGGGCGAGGGUUAUCCCGGUUUCGAUUAUACGCGCUCAGAUCCAGCCCAAUCGGGGAUGCCAGGACAGGCUCGUGAGUCAAACAGCAAAUAUCGGAGGGAAAACGAGCUUGAUGAAGACACAACUGAGGAGCUGUCAAUCCAGCCCAGGCAGAUCCGAUCUGGGAAGCAACGUGAUCUGGUGCCUUCAAACAACGAAGCCGGGCUGACUGACAACCUUGUACCUCAGAGCUUUACUCGUGCCUCAAGGUCGCAAACCGCGCAUGCUCCUGUUCCGCAUGACCUCGCCGAUCGUCAACGAAACGCAUCACACAAGGCGGCCCUGGAAAAGCUGACUGGAGUAUCACCGCCAGUCAACGUUGCCAGGGGCAAUUCUCGGAAGCUUCACAAAAACCCUCCUGCGUCUGCGGACCAGAGAAAGUCAUCAGCUGGCAGCGUGCCCAGUAGGAUUCCGGUACCGACUGCGGUAACAACAUCAAGAGCUAUCAAGCCACAAGUUCUAGGUAACGGUGUUCUUCAGCAUGGUUUCGAUAUAUCUCGUGCUCACCAACAACCCACGACGUCUCCGGCAGGGUCAGGGCUUCAAUCAUCUCCACAUCCAAGUAGUCCACGAUCGCCACCGGCCAAAGUGGCCGACGCAACACGUCACAGACAACAUAAAUCAAGCGUCUCAUUCAAGGAACCUAUCCCUCGUCAUCCCGUGGAUGAGUGGAAAGAAGCUGGAACCGCUAGGCUCACACUUACCGACCUCUCUACAGAGAAUGCCACUGGUUCUGAGAGAGGCAAAGCUUGGUGGGAGCAGCCUGGUACUUCGUCCACCCGCCGAAGGAGCAGGUCGACCAACCCGUCAGAUCAAAGUGCCUUUGAUGGUCCAGUUGAUGACAACACCGCCGAGUUCAAGCCGAAGCUGUAUCUGCGAUGUGGGCCACUGCUUCGGUACACGGGCAUGAAAAGACAGAAGUCCGAGCAAGGGGAGGAUCGCGAGUUCUGGCGAGGCAGCGUGUUGAUCGUCACUCAAGAUUCCUAUUCCUCAUAUGAUCCUCCGCCUGUUUUGCGUCUGUUCUCACAGCCGCAUAGGUUGUUCCCCCCACCCCCUCAUCAUGUCACGGGAGACGAACUCAAGCCUGAGUACGUCGAUCCUAUUGCCGGCUUAUCCAAGCUCUCAAGGACAGGUAGGGCAUCAUACGUACGCCCGGUCGAUCACCUCGAAGAGGGCAAAGACUUGUCGCAGAUUGAGACUGAUGAGGGGCUUUUUGAGAGCGCUCCCAGCCCGGCAGACUCUGCGAACAACCGAGCGCUCGACACAGAUGGUGAGCGAGUAGGCAGAUUUCAAGAGGUCGCAGGGGCAAGGUUAUAUGCAGACCCCGACCGUGACGUGACUUUCUGGCGAUUCAACCUCGAGGUUGAACUUGGUGCGGACCAGCAACGCAUCGGCUAUCGGAUCAAUCGAGGUGCUUCGAUUGGCUUUUGGGUUCCCGGCCGUGGGCAAACAAUGAACAUCAUGUUUCACAGCUGCAACGGUUUUAGCCUGUCUGUCAAUCCGGACAAUUUCAGUGGACCUGAUCCUAUGUGGAGAGACGUGUUGAACACCCAUCAGACACGCCCAUUCCAUGUGAUGAUCGGUGGGGGUGACCAAAUCUACAAUGACCGAGUCAUGCUCGAGUCUCAACAUUUCGGUGAGUGGACCAGGCUGCGGAAUCCCAAUCACAAACACCAUGCGCCUUUCACGAAUGAAAUGAAAGAAGAACUGGAAAGCUUCUAUCUCAACAGAUACGCAAUGUGGUUCUCUCAAGGUCUCUUUGGCAUGGCGGCCAGUCAGAUCCCGAUGGUCAAUAUCUGGGACGACCAUGACAUUAUCGACGGAUUUGGGUCUUAUCCCCAUCAUUUCAUGGAGACGCCCGUAUUCUCCGGACUUGGGAACGUCGCUUUCAAAUAUUACAUGCUCUUUCAACAUCAGAGCGUGGCCGAGGAGACCACGGCCCAUGAACCCAGCUGGGUGCUCGGUCGGGAGCCUGGUCCGUAUAUCCAACAGCUCAGUAGAAGUGUCUUUCUGCGCCUGGGCAAGCACGUAGCAUUUAUGGGUGUGGAUUGUCGUACGGAACGAAUGCGAGACGAAGUAUUGAGCGUGGACACUUUUGAGGUCAUUCUCGAGCGAUGUCGCAAAGAACUGGUGGAAGGAGAAACCAAACAUCUCAUCGUCUUACUUGGAGUUCCGCUGGCAUACCCUCGAUUGGUCUGGUUGGAAAAUGUCUUGACCAGUCGUCUUAUGGACCCAGUCAAGGCUCUAGGAAGGGUGGGCGUUUUGAAAGGCGGGUUCCUCAACAAGUUUGAUGGAGGGGUUGAGAUUCUCGACGACCUGGAUGAUCAUUGGACUGCAACCCAUCAUAAACGCGAACGCAACGAUCUUGUCCAGGAAUUGCAAGACCUUGCAGCAGAGAAGUCUUGCCGCAUCACCAUGCUGAGCGGCGAUGUGCAUCUUGCCGCGGUCGGCCAAUUCCAUUCGAAUCCGAAGCUGAAGAUCCCCAAGGACAAAGACCAUCGAUACAUGCCGAACAUAAUCUCUUCGGCCAUCGUGAACACUCCGCCAUCAGACAUGUUGGCAGACAUCCUCAACAAACGCAAUAAGACCCAUCAUCUAGACAAGUAUACCGACGAAAACAUGAUUCCCAUGUUUACUCAUGACGUGGACGACAAGAGACGAAACAACAAACACAUGUUACCAAGGCGGAAUUGGUGUUCUAUUCGGGAAUAUAUGCCGGGUUCGACACCUCCUCCAACGCCACCGGAAAGUCCAAGCCUGACAGACUCGGAAGAAGACGAUGAAGAAGAAGAACAGCAGGAAAAAUCAGAGCGGCCUCGUCCGCGUCGAUUCUCAUUCUCCAAGGAGGAUGUCAAUCCACGGACUCUCUUCCGUAGAUUGAGUUCGCGGAACGCACCUCCAUCGUCAUUUCAUGAUAUGAUGUAUGAACAGGGCCGCUCUGCAUCUCACGAUGGCACAACACGGCCAGGGUCUGACUCCUAUCAGAACAGAAAUGCUUCGGGCUCACGGCAAUCUUCAGGCGACUUCCAGGUCCACCCCAAUCGGCAUGCUUCCUCUUUUGAUCACCCAUCCUCUGGCGCUCCGGUUCGACCAGGGAUGUUACGUCGACCGACCAACCUGUCGGAGAAAGCUGCCAGGAAGGGCAACGUGCCUGCAAUCGAUGCUGAAGGAAACGAAUUUGAUGUCAACGACCGUGUGAACCUCGAGGGAGGCUUGGACAUUGUUCUGAAUGUCGAGGUCAAUCAGAAAGAUCCGUCUGGGAUCACGGUGCCAUAUCGUCUGCUGGUUCCAGCGCUAUGGUAUGACGGUAGUUCCGACCGUGAAAAGCUCGAGGAAGCAUCGGGUGUACAUCGAAAGCAGACGUUGUUGAACCGGCUUGUUGUUGGAAGACGACCGAGUCAUAAGCCUGCGAGACAAGGAGAGGGUAACUGGGGUCAAGAGCAGAGUGACGAAGAAAUCUACAGCGAAGGCGAAGAUGUGCAGAAGCGAGCACCACCCAGGAGAAGGUUCAGCCUUUUCGGAAGUCGGACGCAGAAGAGGGUUGAGCCUUUUAGUGACUCCGACUCGGAUUCGGUUUUCGACGAGACCCCAGACCCGGGCACUUCUGGAACCGUCCCUCAGGCGUGGCAGCAGCAGCAACAGCAGCAGCAACAACGACAACCCACCACGAGUCGGUUGGUCGCAGACUCUCAGUCUAGACCGUUAGAUCACCAGGUGUCUCCUAACAUGACGGGUCCACCCAGCCAUGACAUGCUCUACGAUACAGAACGCCCUCCACCAGCAAGCCACAGUCUCGAGCCCUCGCACCACCCAAGCGUCCGUCGCUCGUUGAUCAUCCGGUCUGCAAGUGGCCCGGGCCCUCAACUGAGUCAGCCUACCAGGCCGGCAGGGAGAAACGUCAGUGACGGUUAUCCAACAACUCAAUACCCAUCGUCAUCAACACAGGCGGCUGCAGGGAUGCCUCAACGCAAACUUAGCAAGCAAGAACGGAUUCUGGGUAUCUCGGCCUCAGACCCUCAGCCUCGUGAGCCGCCACAUCAACUGAGAGGUAACGGAAUUCUGGGCAAAGAAUAUCCGCCAUCGGCCUACGAUAGUCAUCCACAGAUGCAACCGCCGCCACCGCAGCAGCAGCAAUAUCGAGGGUAUUCCGGGAUUGAGGCGUACAAGGAACCGAAACCACGCAGGACGUUUAGUUUGAGAAAAGCGCGGCAAUGGUUGGAUGGGCGGAGGGAGGAGCAGGUCGAGUACGAUUAG